CGAGCGCGUGCAGUCGCAGUCGAGCGCCGCUGAGGAGGUCUUCGGCCCCUUCUGAGUGUGGUCUAGACACCAGAGGUCCCUCACCAGAGCCCUGGUAGGGGUUUCUAGCUACCGCGACAGGGAGUGGGUGCAGACCUUGUCAGAGGCUCCGUCAGCACACGCCACUGGCGACCAUGCUUCCUCUCCCGAAAUCUGCGAUGGUGCUGGAGAUGCUGCAGGACUGGUGCAGAUGGAUGGGCGCAAAUGCACAGCGCUCCCUGCUCAUCCUGGGCAUCCCCGAUGACUGCCAGGAAGAGGAAUUCCAGGAGGCUGUGAAGGCCGCUCUGUGGUCCCUGGGCAGCUACCGAGUGCUCAUCAAGAUCUUCAGAAAGGAGUUCGGGGCCAGGGUCGCCUUGGUUGAGUUUGCUGAGUAUUUAAACCGAAGUUUGAUUCCACAACAAAUACCAGGCAAAGGUGGACCUUGGACUGUGAUCUUCUUGCCCCAGGCCCCUGAUGCUGAAUUCCAGGAUAGACUCAGUUUCCCUGCUCAGCCCCAGGGACAAACAGUAGCCGAAGGUGCAGGUGAAGCAGGCAAGGAAGGAUGUGGAUGUGAGGCAGGAGCUGCAGGUGAGGCGGGAGCUGCAGGUCAGGAGGGAUAUGCAGGUGAGGGGGAAGCUGUAGCUGAGGCAGGAGCUGCAGGUGAGGAGGGAGCUGCAAGUGAGGCGGGAGCUGCAAGUGAGGCGGGGGCUGCAAGUGAGGGGGGGGCUGGAGGUGAGGUAGGUGCUACAGGUGAGGAGGGAGCUGCAGGUGAGGAAGGAUUUGGAAAUGAAGGAAAUGAAGGUGAGGCUGUAGCUGCAGGUGAGGAAGGAGCUACAGAUGAGGCAGGAGUUUCAGGUGAGGCAGGAGGUGCAGGAGGAGCAGGGGCCUGGUCCCAGCAGUGGAGCCAGGCCCUGCAGCCCAUGCUGGAAAACAUGGCCUACCAGGAGCUGAGACGCUUUUCUGGACUGGAAGGCCUGGGCUCAGAGGAAGAGGUCUUCGAGAACUGGCUGGACCAUGUCAACGACACGAUGUACCUGUGGCGCCAGGUAUCAGAAGAGGAGAGGCGGAGGAGGCUGAUGGAGAGCCUGGGCGGCCCCGCCCUGGAUGUCAUGUGUGGCCUCCUGGCCCAGAACCCUGACAUCCCGGUGCAGGACUGCCUGACUGCGCUGGUGCAGGUGUUUGGGAACAGGGACACCCAGGUGACCUCGUGGCUGAAGUUCCUGACUUGCUCCCAGAGGCCCCAGGAGAGUCUCUUUGCUUACGUGAUGCGCCUGGAAGGCCUGCUGCAGACGGCUGUGGAGAAGGGGGCCAUCCAGCCGGCCAUGGUGCACCAGGUGAGAGCCCGGCAGGUGCUGAUGCGGGCCCGGCCUCACGAGAUGCCGAGUGAAGCGCCGUCCCAGGCCGCCCCAGCCAAUGCAGAUGCUCACGAGGCUGGCCCUGAUACCGAAGAUGCUGCUGAAGCUACUCCUGAGGGUGAUGAUGCUACCGGCGCAGCCAUUGCCAUCGAAGAGCCCACCAAAGCCUUCCCUGACACUCAGGACGAUGAAAGGGCUCUUGCCUGGAUGGGUGGUGCUUCUGGAAUCCCAAGCCCAGCCCCUGGAGAUGGCAAGAAGGAUGCGGCCCAUGUUGACCCCAUGACCUCGGGGAGGAAGAACCAGGCCAGCGAUGUAAAAGGGGCGGCGUGA